CAACCGUUGGAGCUUCGGGCUUUACGUCACAUCCGGAAAGCGCCGCGUUGGACUAAGCCUUCUUCCUUCCGUGCCUUGAACGUGGUGGCCGCUCUACCUUGUCCUUUUCACUGCCCCUCGCGGCGUUGUAGCCGCUUCCGGCUCAACCCCUCACCGCCUUAACGGCUCGGGUGGGGCGCCUGAGGGGAAUUACAACCCGUGGGAAGACCUUCUCCUUUGAUCCCUCCCUCCCUCCUACCCCCGAUUUCUUUCCCCAGAUCUCCCAACGCUUCAUUGACAAUGCCGAAGGGGGAAGGGGGCGGGAACGUUGGGCGGAAGUGACGCAGUCCUCGGCCGUCGGCUGGGUGGGCGGAGUAGGUUCCGGUUCCGGUCCAAGAUCCUGGAGGAAGAAAGCAGGGGAGGGGGAGAGUCUGGUGGGGUCUCCCCCUCUUCAUCGAGGCUCCUAAGCGGCGGCCAUGGAGUUCCCUGGGGGAAAUGAGAAUUACCUGGCUAUCACUGGGACGACCCACCCUUUCCUGUCAGGGGCUGAGACCUUCCACACGCCAAGUCUGGGGGACGAAGAGUUUGAGAUUCCACCCAUCGCACUGGACGCCGACCCCUCCUUGGCUGUUUCUGAUGUGGUUGGGCACUUUGAGGACCUGAGUGACCCCGUGACUGCCCCAGAUGCCACUUUCUCAGCCCAGUAUGGGGUUCAGGCCCUUGACAUACCUGUGGGCAUUAGCCAUGGUCUUAUGGAGCAAGGGGGCGGGCUGCUGAGUGGUGGGCUAGCCAUGGAUUUGGACCACCCCAUGGGGACCCAGUACAGCGCCAACCCACCCGUCACCAUUGAUGUGCCUAUGACAGACAUCAGCACUGGCCUCAUGGGGCACGGGCAGCUGACCACCAUCGACCAGUCAGAGCUGAGCUCUCAGCUGGGGCUCAGCCUGGGAGGAAGCUCUAUUCUGCCCCCUGCAGCCCAGUCCCCUGCGGAGCAGCUUACACCCACCCCCUCGCCCACCAAUUCUGUGCAUGAGGAAGAGACAGAAGAAAUCAGGCGGCAAGUUUCUGUCGCCAAGCCAGCCCCACCUGUUUCAGCAGCGCCCCCCCCAGUUGCAGCACCGGCGGUCGUGCUGGACGUGGGGAAGAAGCAGAAACCAGCCAAGAAGCAGAAGAAAAAGAAGGAUCCCAAUGAGCCCCAGAAGCCCGUCUCUGCCUAUGCCCUCUUCUUUCGGGACACCCAGGCGGCAAUUAAGGGGCAGAACCCCAAAGCCACCUUUGGGGAGGUCUCCAAGAUUGUCGCCUCUAUGUGGGACAGCCUGGGAGAGGAACAGAAGCAGGUGUACAAGCGGAAAACGGAGGCUGCCAAGAAAGAAUAUUUGAAAGCGCUAGCAGCCUACCGGGACAACCAGGAGUGCCAAACCACAGUCGAGACGGUGGAACUGGACCCAAUCUCCUCUCCUUCGGAGCAGCCGGCCCCAGCUGUGGAAUCGGCUUCCCCACCGGCCCCGAUGCUGCCCGCCCCCCCGGCCCUCGAGAGCCCACCUCCCCCUCCUCCUCCGGCUAUUGUCCCCACCCAGCCCACGGUGGUGGUGACCUCCAGCGCCGGCCCCCAGUCAGCCGGCCAAACCAGCAUCACAAAGAUCAUCAUCCCCAAGCAGAUGCUGCCGUCCUCGCUGGCUGUCACGUCGCAAGGAGGGGUGGUGACGGUCAUCCCCGCCACGAUGGUGACCUCGCGGGGGAUCCAGCUGGGGCAGCUGCAGGCCGGGACAGGGACCACCCAGAUCGUCACUCGUUCGGUCUUAGCUGCGGCUGCCGCGGCCGCCUCAUCCAUGCACCUGCCGCGGCUCCAGCCUCCGCCUCUUCAGCAGAUGCCUCAGCAGCCCCCCACCCAGCCGGUCACCAUUCUCCAGCAGCCCCCUCCGCUUCAGGCCAUGCAGCAGCCGCUUCUGCAGCAGAAGGUGCGCCUCAACCUCCAGCAGCCCCCACCCCCCCUGCAGAUCAAAAUCCUGCCCCCGCCAGCCCUUCAGAUCCAGCCCAUCGCCCUGCGGACAGAAGACGGCAGUCCCGAGAGGCCCAGUGCUGAGCUCCAAGCUUCCCCGGAGCCCAUCGAUGUCAUGCCAGAGGUAGAGUCUCCAACGCAAAUGCACGUCGAGCUAGUGUCCGAAUCGCCCAUGGCCAUGUCACCCCGCCCUCGCUGCACCCGUGCAGGCUGUGACAACCCUCCAGUAGCCAACAGUGACUGGGACAACGAAUAUUGCAGCAACGAGUGCGUGGUUAAACACUGCAGGGAUGUGUUCCUAGCUUGGCUGGCCUCCCGCAAUUCCAGUAACAAUGUCGUCUUUGUGAAAUAACCCUCAGUCCAUUACAACGGUGCUGGGGAAGGAAACUACAGUUGUGUGUUCCCGUGCACAUUUUGCCCCAGGGACAACCACCAAAUCAAGAAAGGAAAAAAAAAAAAUCUCGCCAUGCAACUGUGGGGGUGGGAACAAGGUACUGGAUAUUUUCUCAGCUGAAGGCCACCGGCAAGAGAAAACUGCAUCCCUUCGGGGCGCAAGGAGACUGUGGGGUGGCACUGCCUUUCGCCCCUUUUUUCUAUACACAGUGUCUUUAAUAAUGUUUCUCUUGACGGAGCAAUUAAAGCUGGAAGAGGGAUAUUGGCUGGAACCCGCCAUGUACUUCCUGGGGAGGGUCAGAGAAAAUAGCCAUCCUCGGGGUGGACUCCACAAGCAGAACUCCUCAGCAAGAGGCGCUGGGAAUCUGUUUCCGCGGCAGGUGUCGAGGCGAUUGGUCCAGCGGGAGGGGCUGUGGCAGCGGCAAGGAGCGCGAUGGACUUUGCAGUGCAAUUGCAAGUGACUGUCUCCGCUUCAGUUUGUUCAGCCUGCACCUCUGGUGCUAGUAUCUGGGGUGGCAAGACUCCUGUUACUUUGUUUGCGGGAGCAGCUGAGCUCUCACCCGGUGCCAAGCUAAAGCCAGGCCACCUUAUUAAUACUGUAAAUGGCUGGAAGACUGUAGUAAUCGGCAGUUGAAAAGUCCACAGCUCAAAAAAGAAACAAUAGCUCGGGGCUACGUGCAAACCCGGCCAGAUGAUUUCUUCCCAACCCUGGAGCUGCCGUGGGAGUUAAAUCCCUGAUGCCCAUAUUGGACAGGAGCCUAGGAUGCGUUUAGCUUGGCAGCUGUUCAACAUGGGGCCUGCUUCUUCACCUAGUGGCCGUUCAAGAUAAGCUUGGAAUACUCCUCCUGUUUCCAGCUCCAGUCUCUUCCCUCUGUGCACUGAGCACUUAAUGGUCCUCUUUCCCCCAUCCUUCAGUAGGGAGCUCUGGGGAAGCCUGUUGAAAGCAGCCUUCCCUAAACAAGGUGUCUUGGUCCUCCAGGUGAGGCCUAACGCUAAAUUCCCCUUUCCUCCCUUCAGCAAGCUUGGGACUGAAAAGUGGAACGCCAGGGUUGUCACCCCUAACCUCUCAAUCCAAGAUCAAGGGGGAAACCUCUUCAUUUUGUUGCCAGGUGAGCUGAGAAAUGCCAACAGGAGUUAGUCCAUGUUGGCCACCAAUGCUGCCCAGCGGUAUUGUUGGAUCAAACUCCCUGCUCUCAGAUGGAGCUUCCCUGGAAAAGGCAGUCCCAGUGCAUCUGGGGGCAUCAGACUGGAGAACUUUGCCAUAGAAAUAGUAGCACCCUGUACGGUGCAAACGCAGGUUGCAUUUGGGGUUCCUGGGAGCAAACUGGGCUCAUGCAAGCAGCUGCAGGAAAGUAUUUCCUCUGGCAAGUCUGCUAAACUUCUACGGUCUUCAGCUAUAGAAAAACACCAAUUUUAUUAAAGAAAACCUAAAGAUUAGA